UUGGUUUGUCCAAGUGUUGAAGAGAGUAUUAAUUGGUUAAACAUUAGUUGAAGUAGCCUACAUGUAUUAAACAAUAGGCUACUGAAAUGCAGAAAAUUAUUCAGUAUCAACUAUAGGUGAAGAGGUUACUGCAUGUGGUCUGUGCGGUGACUAGAAGGAGGCGGAGACCACGCGCUUCAUUGACGCAGUGGAAACGAAGAAACUGGUCUGUCAGUGCACUCUGACUGCGCACGGUCAUCACUCACACUUAACAGAGUCCACGAUGACUCUGACAGUGUCACUGCUGGACAAGGAGAUAUGUUUGAGAUUGGCACGAAUUUGAGAGAGAAUGCGCUUCUGCCGUGUGGAUGUACUCCACUGAAGCUGCAGCAUGGAGUUUCCGGAUGAGCAUAAGAACGCCGUGAUAAAUCUUGUGCUGAACCACUGGGACAUGUCUGGAGUUCUUGAGCUGCUUGAUAACUUUUACCCAGCCGAGGAAGAGGAGGCAGGGUCAAGUGAGGAGACAGAGAACAGUUCAGCAGGAACACACACGCUGGACAUGUUUGUACAGGCAACAUGUCCAUCUGGCCAGGGAGGUGUGCAGUAUGGAAGUGCGACUGAUUUGCUGGCCUUUAUCAAACGGAUCUCAGGCACCGCACAUGGGACUCAGGCAAACUCUAACAUACACCUGAACCAAGACACAGGUGUACUACUUAGCAAGCACGACAUGAUCCUUCAAAACGGGCACUAUCGCAUCGACUCUGAAGUGUCGCUGUUUCCAUGGAAACGCAUCUACAGAAAUGCUGAUUCUGCACACAUCCCCAAAGGUGCCUUUGGAAGAGUUCACUUGGCACUGGACUGCGUCACACGCAAGCGCAUGGCCUGCAAGCUGAUCCCACUCGAGCACUUCAGAUACUCUGAUGUGGAGAUCCAGGCCCGCUUUGGCCAUGAGAACGUGGCUGAGCUGUUUGGGGCCAUUUUGAGGGAGGGCACCCUGUACGUGUUCAUGGAGGCUGGGGAGGGGGGCUCGGUCCUGGAGAAGCUGGACAGCUGUGGCCCCAUGCGGGAGGCUGAGGUCAUCUGGGUUAGCAGGCAGGUGCUCCAAGCCCUCGAGUACUUGCACAGCAAAGGGGUCAUCCACCACGACAUCAAACCGAGUAACAUAGUGCUGACGUCAGCUAAAGCAGUACUGGUUGACUUUGGGCUGAGUGUGCAGAUGAGUGAGGAUUCCCAAGUGUACAAUCCCAAGGAUCUGCGAGGCACUGAGAUGUACAUGAGUCCAGAGCUGGUUCUGUGUGGAGGCCACAACACAAAGACUGAUAUCUACAGUCUGGGCUCCACAAUGAUCCACAUGCUGACAGGCAGUGCUCCAUGGGUCAGGAGGUUCCCCCGCACCGCCUACCCAUCCUACCUUUAUAUUAUUCAUAAACUGGCCCCCCCUCUGGAGGAGAUUCCUGAGUCCUGUAGCACCCCCUUGAGGUCAGUCCUGCACAGCGCGCUACACAGGAACCCUGCCCGCAGAGGAUCCGCUUCCGCGCUGCUGCAGCACCACGCCCUGAAUCCCACAACCAAUCAGACACGCUACACCAGCCUAGACUCUGCCUUGGGGGAGGGGACUCGCCCAUUUCUCUCACAAUUCAGCAAUACUUCAGACACCACACAGGACUCCUCCCUGAGCUCUGAAGACUCGAGUCCCGGCAAGAAGGGGGGCUCUCUGUACCUGGAUCUGGGUGCCUUGGCUGGGUACUACCACUUAGUGAGGCCCCCCCCCAGCGCAGAAUACAAUUAGCUCACACAUCACACACACAUUAGCACAAUUUUCCAACAAAGAUGGCUACAGUGAAUUGCUAUUUAUGGCAAAGACUUUGCACUCAUAGAGCUUUUACCAGAAGUGACAUAUACUCAAACCCCUGCUAUAAAGAGAACAUGUAACACGAACAAUCCAACCUUUGGACUUCACACUCUCAGGACCGCUCAACUCUUGGGGUGGACCCCGACUUUCAGAGCACACUAGACCGUGAAAUAAUCAGGAUGGGACUGAUGGAAUAAUAUAUCAUCAUAAGGAUAGAUCAGAACACGGCACCCACCCUCUGGGUUUGUGUGGUUGUAUGUGUACCAAUGCAUUUGUGUAUUGUGCUGCAGAUGUUGUUCCUAUGGAAUAUGUGUACAAAAUUGUCAUUACAGUGUAAAUGAUUUAAUAUGUGCCAGGAUUAGAUCGAUAUUUAGACUGGGUUCACAGUCUUUUGUGUGUGAGAUUCUCAAGAUGUGAUUACAAUUCAGCAUCACUCUUUUAUCGUGACUGAAUGGUAAUUAAGUGUUAUGAGUGAAUAAAACAGAUAUCCACUUAA